AUGACCAAAGAAAAGAGCGACAUCAGCGAGGUGGCCCACAUCCCCAUUGUAGCUGAGGGGACAGGCAAGACGGCUGAAAAUGCGGGGGCCAAGCAGAAGGAGGUGUACAAUGCCGAGCUCUAUGCUGCAAUUCAGGAGUCCAAUAUUCCCCGCUGGGGACGGUCGACCAUCCAUCUAUACUAUUGCGUGUUUGUUGCUUUCUGCUGCGCUUGUGCCAAUGGAUACGACGGCUCGCUGAUCGGUUCUAUCACGGUGAUGCCCUACUUCAAGGAGACCAUGCACAGCCAAAACUCAGGCUGGCAGGUCUCGGUCGUCUCCUCGCUCUACAGUGUUGGCUCAAUCAUCACCACCCCAUUUGCCGCCCUCGUGAGUGACCGCUGGGGUCGCAAGGUGGGUAUGAUAUUUGGCUCGAUUGGUAUCAUCCUCGGCUCGAUCAUCGCAGCGAGCUCGUUUAGCUUGGCUCAGGUGACAGUCGGCCGUCUGGUGCUCGGUUGUGGUAUCCAGUUUAUGACGGUCGCAGCGCCUGCGUACUCGAUGGAAAUCGCGCCGCCGCAAUGGCGUGGUCGAUGCACCGGAUUUUACAACUGUGGAUGGUUUGGAGGCUCGAUCCCCGCGGCGCUGGUGUGCUUCGGCACCCAAUAUAUCAACAACAACUGGUCGUGGCGAAUCCCAUUCAUCUGCCAGUGCUUUGCGUGCUUUGUUGUGCUCGGCUCCGUUUGGUUCAUCCCCGAAUCCCCCCGAUGGCUGUUUGCGCACGGCCGUGAAGAAGAGGCGAUUGCUUUCCUCGUCAAGUAUCACGGCAAUGGCAGCGCGGACUCCCGCCUGGUGAGACUGGAAGUUGAAGAAAUCCAGGAAAGUAUUCGACAGGAGCUGCGAGACAAAGAAAUUGCAUGGUGGGACUUCCGGUGCCUGUUCGAUACGCACGAGGGCCGCUGGCGGUCGUCGCAGGUGCUGAUGAUGGGUGUCUUUGGCCAAUUCUCCGGCAACGGACUAGGAUAUUUCAAUGCGGAGAUUUUCGAUGAGCUGGGUAUUAAAUCCACCGCCCAGCAGCUCGGAUACAAUGUGCUCAACUCCGUGCUAUCGGCCAUUGGUGCAGGCACAGCGGUGACUCUCACGGAUCGAAUGCCACGCCGUAAAGUUCUGGUGUUCGGUACGUUUGCCUGCGCGGUGAUGCUGGCAAUCAACGGAGCAGCGAACCACGUUUUCGGUCAAGACGAGAACAACAAGUCGGCUGCCAACGCCGCCUUGGCCUUCUACUUCCUGUUUAAUGUCGUCAACUCGUUCUCCUACACUCCCCUUCAGGGUGUGCUGCCCGUUGAGGCGCUCGAUACGAAGCGCCGUGCCAAGGGAUUGGCUUUCUAUGGCUUCCUGACUGGCUGCUUGGGUUUCAUCAACACCUUCUGUACCCCCAUUGCUAAUAAAAAUAUCGGCCUCAACUAUAUUUGGGUCUUUGUCGGUUGGGAUUGUGUGGAAGCCGUCCUGUGGUAUUUCUUCUGUGUCGAAGCACAGGGUCGUACUCUCGAAGAGCUCGAGUGGGUGUACAAGCAGCCCAACCCGGUCAAGGCCUCCCAGCAGGUUGACCACGUCGUCCAGCAAGCCGAUGGCACCGUUUCGGAGAAGAUUGUCCAGCACGUGGAGUAG